AUGGCCGAUGCGAUCCACGAGAUUCCUGUCUCCGUCUUCCUACCGGGCAAGAUGGUGUUGACGCAGGCGAACAUGGAUUACCAGAUCGCGCAUGCCGGUGACUUCAAUUGUGAAGGAUUGAAUACCUUUACCAUCACCUUGAUGAGCAUUGUUACAGCCGCUGUUGGCAUGAGGCUGUGGGCACGGAGGAUUGCAAAGAUCGACUUGAAAAUUGAUGACUAUAUACUUCUUGUCGGAUGGGUGAGGGUCCAAUCAUCGAAAUUUACUCAAGUCCAUACGGAUUUCUGCGCGGCUUUCCCUGUCAACUCCAAUUGGAAUCGUAAGUACAAGUCCAAGACGUUGCUUCUGUUGAGUUUACAGCUAAAUCUGAAAUUUCCUCCAGCUGGAUUCAAAGCAACGCGCCAGAUUGACGGCAAGCAGCUUUUCCUAGCAAACUGUGGUUUCAAUAUUGCAACAGAUACUAUACUGCUGUUUCUUCCUAUGGUAGUAAUUUGGGGCCUGAACAAAGAUCGCCGAUACAAGCUUGCAUUGAGUGCCAUCUUCUGUCUAGGCGUUUUGACCGUCGUAGCCAGCGUUGCGCGGCUGGUCUAUUACUACAAGUUCGACGCGAACGAUCCCAUGUGUGAGUUCAGGUGUCUUGCUCCCACUGCUCUUCUUUCUCUAUUGGGUCGAACAGCACACAAUUCGGUCACUCCUCUAAAUUUUCCUUCAACUAAUGAUACCGCUCACACAAUAGGGGGCUUACCGACGUCUCAAUUCUGGACAAUAACCGAAAUGAAUCUUGGCCUUCUCUGUCCUUGCCUCGUCACCUUUGGUCCGCUGAUCCGACAAGGGUACGUAGCUUUCCCUUAUGUGCUCGAAAAGCGCAAGGAUAGAAAGCUAUUGGAUAAAUACCUCCACACCAUGGAAGAUUAUCGGAUGUGCUAUCCUCACCUAUCGCCCAGCGCCCGCGAGCGAAUUGAACGCAUCACUGGCACAACCACAACCUACGUGAACGACUCACAGGCACUAAAACCGGAGUUCAGCGCUAAAAGAUCCUCAUUUGCAAAAAUCAAUGACGAUGGUUUUCAGCCACCUUUGCGCUCAAAGCCUUCACAGCUUGAGGCGGGAACAUAUGCGGCUCAUGAGGUGGUCCCUCCCAUACCAAGAGAUCAGAAUGGUAUGGCCAUACAUCAGGAUAUCGCACUCGCGAACCUUGAUCCGAGGACUAAGGCCCUGGAACAUGAACGUGGACAGAGGCAUAAGAGAAUGGGAACUAGUACAAAUGCCGUCGCGGACCAGCCUUCCAAUGACGUGCCCACACGAGGAAUUGGGAUAAGUCGUGACUGGAGACUUGACAGUGAAUAG